AUGCCAUCCGAACGUCUAAUCCGGACCCGGCUGACAAUCGUAUUUUUCAGCACUAUCUCACUUGCCAUAUCCAUUCUCAACUCAGCCAACGCACGCUCCGCUGUCAUCUUGCGAGACAGAGCCAGGUCCGACUAUGCGAGCGCUUCUCAUGCUAGCCUGGCUAUCAGCUUUGAGUCGCUGCAGAAGAACAUUCUUUUGGACGUGCUACCUACGGCGAUGCUCAGCGCCGGCUUGGCCAUUUACGGACUUGUUGUAGCACUGCACCCAAGAUUUCUGUGGGAUCACGGGAGUGCUUGGAAACUCUACGCGAUCGCCAAGAUAAUUAUAUCAUUUGUUAUGAUUGGCGCUGGGGGCUACCUUGCGGACCAUGUCCAUGAUCUUCAAAGCGCCUUCGCAAUCUUCAACGCGAGCGACAAAAUGCCGUAUUUCAGCUUGAUGUACUAUGGCGGUAUCGCUCAGGCAGUGUAUGGAUCUGUCUUGGUCUUGUUUGCCAUUAUAAUUGUCAUUGUUGUUAUUGCGAUUGAUCGCUAUCAGGCGAAGGACAGCGCUUUGAAUUCUACAGCACAUCAUGCAUACCAUCUCUGA